AUGCCGGACAGCGUCGAGCCCAGCCUGCGAACCCGUCAAGCGCUGCUCGACCACCACUCUCGUCAGGAAAUCGGGGCAGCAAUCAAGAGCUCACCGAAGGCAUACCGAGAGGCAAUCAGAGCACCGGUGAUCAAGCCAAUCUCGACGUGUCGGAUGAGAGAGACGUACAGAUUCAGGCUCUGCGGGGCUGACGUCGACUCGAUGCUUCAAGCGCAGGUCGCCGCGCUAGAGGCUGCCGCCAACGCAGCCCGUGACAAGGAAAAUCGCCCCACCACGAAUAAUCGUCCCAUCGAGUUGAAGAAGCCCGAUGGUGAAGCUGGCGGAGGCAAGAAAGGGUUCAAUCUCCAGCGUGCCAUGGGUUUGGAGGACGAGGAUGAGAUCUACAAGCGGAUCCAGGCUGAUGUGCGCUUCAACAUCUGGAAGUACGGGCUUGACCCCUGGAAGAAGUAUAUGCGUCAGAGCCCUGAGAAAAUUAGCCACGUACUCCAAGCGGGGCGCCAGCAGCACAAGUACCUCUGUACUGAGAGGUUCCCCGACGAUUGGGCGCAAACGGAGAUGAUCAAGACCAUCACACGCAACCGACGCAAAUACCUUCGGCGCAAGGCCCGUGCAGCGGGUAAGGAUGUUGCGGACUCAUCUGACUCUGAGGAGGAGGACGCGGCGGAGGAGGAGGAUAAUCUACCUGAUCUCGAUGCGCCUCAGGAUGGACAGUAAUUCAGCUGUCGAGGCUACCGACAUUCAAGUUGACGAGCUCAGUCGCAUGGGUCCCCUUCCUCCGUAUUUGCUACAACCCGCCAUGUAUAGUAGCGUAGAAGAUCCUAUGAAGCGUCGUAUAUGCUCUCC